AUGCUGGACUGCAGUGACUAUGUUCUAGACUCAAGAAUGAAUAAUCCGUCAGAAACCAGUAAACCGUCUAUGGAGAGUGGAGAUGGCAACACAGGCACACAAACCAAUGGUCUGGACUUUCAGAAGCAGCCCGUGCCUGUUGGGGGAGCAAUCUCAACGGCCCAGGCCCAGGCUUUUCUGGGACAUCUCCAUCAGGUCCAGCUCGCUGGAACAAGUUUACAGGCUGCUGCUCAGUCUUUAAAUGUACAGUCUAAAUCUAAUGAAGAAUCGGGGGAUUCACAGCAGCCAAGCCAGCCUUCCCAGCAGCCUUCAGUGCAGGCAGCCAUCCCCCAGACCCAGCUGAUGCUGGCUGGAGGACAGAUAACUGGGCUUACCUUGACGCCGGCCCAGCAACAGUUACUGCUACAGCAGGCGCAGGCGCAGGCACAGCUGCUGGCCGCCGCGGUCCAACAGCACUCCGCCAGCCAACAGCACAGCGCUGCCGGGGCCACCAUCUCAGCCUCCGCCGCCACGCCCAUGACGCAGAUCCCCCUGUCGCAGCCCAUCCAGAUCUCCCAGGAUCUGCAGCAACUGCAGCAGCUUCAGCAGCAGAAUCUCAACCUGCAGCAGUUUGUGUUGGUCCAUCCGACCACCAACUUGCAGCCAGCGCAGUUUAUCAUCUCACAGACGCCCCAGGGCCAGCAGGGUCUCCUGCAAGCGCAAAAUCUUUUAACGCAACUACCUCAGCAAAGCCAAGCCAACCUCCUACAGUCGCAGCCAAGCAUCACCCUCACCUCCCAGCCAGCAACCCCAACGCGCACAAUAGCGGCAACCCCGAUUCAGACACUUCCACAGAGCCAGUCAACACCAAAGCGAAUUGAUACCCCCAGCUUGGAGGAGCCCAGUGACCUUGAGGAGCUUGAGCAGUUUGCCAAGACCUUCAAACAAAGACGAAUCAAACUCGGAUUCACUCAGGGCGAUGUUGGGCUCGCUAUGGGUAAGCUGUAUGGAAAUGACUUCAGCCAAACCACCAUCUCUCGCUUUGAAGCCUUGAACCUCAGCUUUAAGAACAUGUGCAAGCUAAAGCCACUUUUGGAGAAGUGGCUCAAUGAUGCAGAGAACCUCUCAUCUGAUUCGGGUCUCUCCAGCCCAAGUGCCCUGAAUUCUCCAGGGCUGGGAAUGGAGGGCUUGAACCGUAGGAGGAAGAAACGCACCAGCAUAGAGACCAACAUCCGUGUGGCCUUAGAGAAGAGUUUCUUGGAAAAUCAAAAGCCUACCUCGGAAGAGAUCACCAUGAUUGCUGAUCAGCUCAGUAUGGAAAAAGAGGUGAUUCGUGUUUGGUUUUGUAACCGCCGCCAGAAAGAAAAAAGAAUCAACCCACCGAGCAGUGGUGGGACCAGCAGCUCACCUAUCAAAGCAAUUUUCCCCAGUCCAACCUCACUGGUGGCAACCACGCCAAGCCUUGUGACUAGCAGUGCGGCCACGACCCUCACUGUCAACCCGGUCCUCCCACUAAGCAGCGCUGCGGUCACGAGCCUGUCUGUCACAGGCACCACAGACAGCACCUCCAACAACACUGCCACCGUGAUCUCCACCGCGCCGCCAGCUUCCUCCGCAGUCACGUCCCCCUCGCUGAGCCCCUCCCCGUCCGCCUCGGCCUCCGCCUCCGAGGCAUCCGGCGCCAGCGAGACCAGCACAACGCAGACCACCUCCACUCUGUCCUCUCCUCUCGGCACCAGCCAGGUGAUGGUGACGGCGUCAGGGUUGCAAACGGCGGCGGCCGCCGCCCUCCAAGGGGCCGCGCAGCUGCCGGCCAACGCCAGUCUCGCCGCCAUGGCCGCCGCCGCGGGACUGAGCCCAGGCCUGAUGGCGCCCUCGCAGUUCGCAGCUGGAGGUGCCUUACUCAGUCUCAAUCCAGGGACCCUGGGCGGUGCUCUCAGCCCGGCUCUCAUGAGCAACAGUACACUGGCAACUAUUCAAGCUCUCGCUUCUGGUGGCUCUCUUCCAAUAACGUCACUGGAUGCGACUGGGAACCUGGUAUUUGCCAAUGCGGGAGGAGCCCCCAACAUCGUGACUGCCCCCCUGUUCCUGAACCCUCAGAACCUCUCUCUGCUCACCAGCAACCCAGUGAGCUUGGUCUCCGCCGCCGCAGCCUCCGCAGGGAACUCUGGGCCUGUAGCCAGCCUCCACGCCACCUCCGCGUCCGCCGAGUCCAUCCAGAACUCUCUCUUCACGGUGGCCUCUGCCAGCGGGGCCGCCUCCACCACCACCACCGCCUCCAAGGCACAGUGA